CUCAAGACGUUUGUUGCACUGCGCAGGCGCAGCAAAUUGCGAUGGGUGCCAUAGCAACCGAAGCCAACAUCCGUCGUAGACAUGGCUGGAGCCACCACAGUAAAAAACGCCCUGGCCAAAUGGGAGAUGGACUCAAAACAGAAGGCAAGUGAAGCUACAGAGAUCAAGCUGUUUGGACAGAUUCCUCCCAUUGAAAAGUUGGAUGAUUCUCUCUCAACUCUCAUCAACUGCGAGAAGUUGUCUCUAUCAACAAAUAGGAUUGAGAAAAUAACUAACCUCGGUGGUCUCAAAAACUUGAAGAUUUUGUCAUUGAGCAGAAAUAACAUCAAGACACUUGUUGGGCUGGAGCCACUUCAAGACACUUUAGAGGAGCUGUGGAUUUCCUACAAUUUGAUAGAAAGACUUAGAGGAAUUCAAUCCUUCAAGAAACUAAAGGUCCUCUACAUGUCCAACAAUUUGGUGAAUGACUGGGACGAAUUUAUGAGACUAGCCGAUCUUCCGUUGCUGGCAGACCUGGCUUUUGUGGGAAAUCCUCUCCAGGAGAAGUGUGCUCCGCAGUAUAAUUGGAUACAGGAAGUCUCUAAAAGGCUUCCUCAUCUAAAAAAAGUGGAUGGAGCACACAUCGUGAAAAAUGAAGAUUAAGAAGAGGAAAAACACGUACAUUUGUAAUUGUCGUUUUUUUUACAUUUAGCAUUACUGGAGAAGUAAAAAAUGUUAAUGAUCUUUAUUUAAGGGAAGAGGUAUGUCAAGCAUUUAAACUAUACCACUAUAGUUUAAAUUCAUUUAAAUGUACUACUUAUGCUCCAAUUUUUGUGUCUCUGCAUUUUCAAGCAGAAGCCGCAGCACAAACAAGCACAGCAAACUUCUCUCACGCUGUAUUUUGUUGAAUUAAAUUCUUUUUUAAUUAUUGCA